UGGGGCAAGGUCGGCGUCAAUGUCGGCGUCGGCGUCGCGGGCGCCAUCGGGCUCAACUUGAUCCUCAACCGCGAGACGUCGCCCCUCCAGGCCCACGAGUGGGAGUACCUCCGCUCGACGUUCAAGUACACCGGCCUCGGACUCGCCAUCACGGCCGGCGCGGCCACGCUCGCGUUCAAGAACGGCCUCACGUACCGCAUAAUGGCGCUUAACCCAUGGCUAGUGAUGGGCGGCUCGUUGGUCCUGUCGAUCGGCUCGAUGUACGGCGUGUACGCGACCGCGCCCGACUCGCCGGCCCACUACCUCUCGUGGGGCAUCUUUUCCGCCGCACAGGGCCUCACGCUCUCGCCCAUGUUCUUCAUCGCGCCUGCGAUCCUCGGGCGCGCGGGUCUGUACACGCUCGGCGCGACGGCGGGCAUCGCCUACGUCGGGUCGACGGCCAAGUCGGACGAGUACCUGUGGAUGGGUGGGCCCCUCCUCGCGGGCCUCGGCGUCCUGAUCGCGUCGAGCCUCGCGCCCAUGAUCAUGCCCAACAUGGCCCUCAGGACGCUCACCGUCCUCGAGAGCGUCGGCGCGUACGGUGGCGUCGCCGUCUUCUCGGGCAUGCUCCUCUUCCGCACGAACCAGAUCAAGGGCCACGCCAACCUCGCUCAGCGCGGCGCCAUCCCGAAUGACCCGAUCCGCGAGUCGGUCGGGCUCAUCCUCAGCGUCAUCAACCUGUUCACGUCCAUCGUCCGGUACGUCCCUCGCGUCUCUCUCUCUCUCUCUCUCUCUCUCUCUCUCACUCUCUAUCGUCAAGAAGGCACACGAUGA